AUGCUUCAGCUGAUACUUCUUUGCCGUAACCUAUGCGGCCUUCGUGUUGCUCGCUGUGACCCGGCAUAUAUCCGUCAGGCUGCCAUGCUUAACAUAAAUGGCCAUAAGGUCGGUUGCAGUGCCUCAACCCAGCGAGAAGCCAUUCGCAGCCAUCACGGCAGGACUGUAAAUUUACGUAACGCGGAGUCUAUUGAAGAUGAGUGGAC